AUGGAAACUGCUGAGUUCUACUAUGUUUAUUACUUGGCUCAGGACUACCUGCAGUAUGUGCUCCAGGAAUCACACCUGGGACCAGCCCAGACCAGGGUUGCUCAUGUCCUGAGAACCAUGGCGUCCUCGCUGCAAGAACAAACCGAGGAGGCUCUCAGGCCACUCCUGGACAGGAUUGACAUCACCUCUGUAGCUGCUGCCAAGAGAAUUUUCAAUGGAGUCAUGGAUGAAAAGUUUGCUGAUGGAAAUACUAACUGGGGGCGAAUUAUGACCAUAUUUACAUUUGGAGGUGUCCUCACCAAGAAGCUUCAAGAGCAUGGGGUUCAGCUGACUGCGGAGGAGAAGGAGCAGAUCUCUUAUUUCAUCACAGAGUACAUCAUAAACAACAAAGCCGAAUGGAUUGAUGCGAAUGGUGGCUGGGAAAAUGGCUUCCUAAUGAAGUUUGAAAGAAGAUCGCUACUGUCCUUCUCCAAAAUCACAGCCCUGUUCAUAGCUGUCAUUUCCUUGUUCAGAGAAUACUACUGAAGUAAAAGGAUCUGCCGUUCAUUGUAAUCUAGAUAUUGCCACAAACUUCACUUCUCAGCCUUCCUCCAAGCAAUAUCAACAAGAGAAUAAUUUCCUUCCAUAAUUUGUUUUUAAUUUAUUUGUAUUUAUUUUGACUAACUACAAUGUUUAACAUGCUGU